GUUUACAAAUUAAUAAAUUCUCGGUAGCGUCACAUGGGUGUAAUUUCUUCAACAGCAAUACUCCAUUAAAAAGUAGGUUAAAAUGCGGCAGGAAUUAAAGCUUUGCAGACUUUGUGCGAUGCCCAGCGAAAGUAUUUCAACAAUAGCGCUUUUUGAUAGAAGUCGAAAAUCUGUACUACGAAGGAUUUUCCAAAUUACUGGUGUCAUGUUAAAAAAUGCCACCAAUAUUCCAACAGCCAUGUGUUCUGAUUGCGAGACUGAACUGAGUCGUGCCUAUGAUUUUCGAGAGCGUUGCAUUAGUGCUCAGACAUACUUCUCCAGCGCCGAGUAUAAAAAUCACGUUGGGCAAGCUCGAAAAAAGACUAAAUUUAGUAAAAGUAAAACCGAUUUAGAGUCUACUUUAGUAAAAGUGGAGCUGUUGCCAUCUGUGACUGAAGAUGAGAACGAAGUGAAAAUAGGAAAAAGCAGUAAUUUCGAAGGAGUUUUUAAACCUGAAGCAUAUACGGAAUAUCUGGCCCUUGAUGAAGAUGAAAUUGAUCACUUGAGCUAUGACGAUGAGCCGAUUGAACUCCUGGACCAAUCAAUAGACAACACUACCCAAAAGAAUAAAUACUUAGAAAAUAUUGGAGCAGAAUUGGAACAUCUUAUAAACGACAACGAAACCGUCGAGGACACGAAACCAAUUCUAUUGGAAAAGGUCGUGAAAUCUGAGAUCGGGGUAAAGGAUUCAAAAAAAGAUCUACCGAAAAAGAAAUCAAAAGGAGAAGGAAAAAAUAAAGCCAAAGGAGAAGGAAAAAAUAAACCCAAAGGAGAAGGAAAAAAUAAACCCAAAGGAGAAGAAAAAAAUAAACCCAAAGGAGAACGGAAAAAUAAAGCAAAAACAUAUAUUUGCGAUCAAUGUGGCAAUCAUUUUAAGUGCCCUACUCAUUUCCGUUCACAUCUUAGACGACAUACUGGGGUAAAACCCGUGCAAUGCGACAUUUGUCCAAGUAAGUUUUUCACCGAAGGCGAACUUAAGCGCCAUAUGCGGCGUCAUACAGGAGAGCGUCCAUUCCCUUGCCAAUAUUGCCCACGCCAUUUCAGCGACUAUAGCUCACGAAUUAAACACGAACGUACUCAUACAAACGAGCGUCCCUUUAAGUGCCCACAAUGCGAUAAAGCUUUCACAGCAUCCUAUGUGUUGAAAAAUCACAUGCUGGUGCAUACUGGUGAACGCCCCUUGAAAUGUGUGCCGUGUGAUAAGUUUUUUCAACUUCCAACCCAUAUCAGUACACAUAAUCGUACUUUGUCACACAAACAAAAUGUUGAGCGCGAGCAACAAAGAAAACUCCUUCAGCAAAAGAACGAGGAAUUGGAGUAACUUUCAUCAAUAUAUGAAUACUUUAAAACAUUAAAAAAAUGCUUUGCUUCAAAUA